AUGUCCCAACCACAGCAUUUCUCUGGCUAUCCUCCAGCCCGUGAAGGUCCCAAGACGGCUUAUGAAGCGGCUGUCGACUCCAACCCGGUUCUGAGAGGAUGGCCAUUGGUCAUCGCCGCCAACAUUAUCUCACGAUCUUCGCUAGUCGCAAAGGCGACGUGGACUAAUGCAAAGUUUGGCGGCAUCAAACAUAUCCCAGGACUAGGCCAGUAUCAUCCGCGCUUCGAACCCAUCGUCACUCCACUCACUGCGGACGGCAGUGCGCCCGCCAAGCCUGAGAUCACAUCAGGCCUCUGCCAACGACAGCCUGAAGACCUCUCGGGUCGCUUCUACUCUGCUGCUGACUUCCAGGAGCUAUACAAGUCGGGGACGUUGACCCCGCUUCAAGUCGCCGAAGCCCUGCUUCCACUCAUAUCUGGCCAGGCGCAAUCUGGAAAAUACUCAUCAGCAUGGGCAGUCACACGUAAGGACGCUGUUCUUGCGGCUGCCAAAGCAUCGACUGAGCGGUACUCUAAUGGGAACCUUCUUGGGAUCCUCGAUGGGGUGCCUGUGGGCGUCAAGGAUGACAUCGAUGUAGAAGGAUAUGUCUCCCAUGUCGGACUACAACUCGACCCCUCAGAGCCGUUCUUUGCACCAGCAACCUGUACCAUCUGGCCCAUUGCGCAAUUGGAAGCCGCUGGUGCUCUUGUUGUCGGGAAACUGACCAUGCAUGAGCUCGGGAGUGAUACAAGUGGAUGCAAUCCGCGCCGGGGUUCGCCCAAGAAUUGGUAUAACACGUCGUAUUACACGGGAGGCUCUUCGUCGGGUGCGGGCUCAGCCUUGUCUGCCGGUCUGGUGCCUAUAUCAGUCGGCACUGAUGCCGGCGGCAGCAUCAGGAUACCGAGUUCCUUCUGUGGCAUGUAUGGGUUGAAGCCAACACUGCACCGGGCGUGGACCAUGAAGUCUGCUAUCUGCGUGAUAGGUCCGUUGGCCGCCACAGCAAGCGAUCUUGCCAUUGCUUACAGAGUUUUGACAGCGCCCAACCCAGACGACCCGACACAAGGGUCGUUUGCGCCGUCUGUACCGCCGAGCCCGACUGCGAAGAAAACAAUUGGCAUCUGCCACGAAUGGUUCAACCGUUCAUCUUCAGCAGUCUGUGAGGUUACAAAGAAGGCCAUUGCCUACUUCGAAGAGAAGCUUGACUACGAGGUGGUCGAUAUAUCUAUACCUUACCUCAAUGAGGGCCAGUACGCGCACAGCGCGUGGGCACUUGUCGAAGCCCUGGACUUACAGCGAUCCCGUGCUAAGGACCCUUCGAAGCCCCUCUCCAUGGUCAAUCACUGCAACCAGUUACUCCUGUCAGUCGGUGGACACACUUCAGGUAUCGAUAUGGUCAAAUACAGCCAGCUCCGGGAGCUGCUAAUGGAGCACCUCGCGUUCUUGUGGAAGAAAUACCCAGGCUUGUUGAUAGUCACGCCGACUUCCCCUGAGCCUGGCUGGAAGAUUCACCCUGGAGAUGAAGCCUAUGGUUUCAGCGACGGCAACCUAACCAUCAGGCAAAUGAUGUACAUCUGGCUGGCGAACUCUACAGGCUGCCCAGCAGUGAGUGCGCCGGUCGGUUACGUCGAACCUGAGCAGGGAGACGGCAAGCUUCCCAUUGGCUUGAUGGCUAUGGGAGAAUGGGGAGCAGAAGAACAGCUGUUGUCGUGGGCUCGUGAAGCCGAGGGAUACUUGAAUGGUGCAUGGGAUGGAGGACGAACGAGGCCGAAGGAUUGGGUAGACGUCGUCAAGCUGGCCACGGACACCAGUGUCACCGAAAACUGA